AUGGAGCUCUCAGAUCGGCUGAUUAUUUCCAAGCCAUUGUACCUGACGGAACCGAACGAAAAAUGUGGGUACUGUAGCGGUAAAAAGUCCGACAAACAGGACUAUUUUGCAACAGAAUCAUGGUGGAAAGUUCAUGAGAGGGAUGCGGAUUCAUUACAAUUUAAUAAUUGCACGCUUGGCAUACAGGUAGAAUUGAUGCCUGUUGAUGUAUACGACGAUCUCUGCAACUUGGGAUUCCGCAGGUCGGGCAAUUUCUUGUACAAGGCAGAUCUCCUUAGAAACUGCUGUCGACUUUACACGAUAAGGACCAAACCCGAUCAAUGCCAAAUCUCGAAAGAGUUGAAAACGUGUGUGACACGCUUUCGCAAACGAAUUACAACGGCACAGGAUGAAGCUUCAAGACAGGGGCGCAAAGGUAAGGGUGGGAGCACCACGCAAGCGAAAUUCGACUAUAUUCAAGAGAUUGUCGAAGCAGAGCUCAAAAGUGACAGCUUUUACACACGAUUCGAGCCUGCCAUGUUCACAAUGGAAAAAUACAAUCUAUUUGUCAAAUAUCAGGAGAAUGUGCACAAUGAUUUCAAGAAUUCGAUAAAGUCAUUCAAGAGAUUUCUUUGCGAAUCACCUUUCCCAGAAGAUGUAGUAGUUGGAACCCAAGAAGAAUGGGAUCAGCUUAACAAGUGGCAUUGCAUGAAACCGGGGGAAAAGCUAAAAAGAGUCGGGCCCGUGCACGAAUGCUAUUACUACGAGAACAAGUUGAUAGCCAUUGCAGUGACAGAUUUCCUGCCCAGCGGAAUUUCAUCCGUGUACUUCAUUUGGGAUCCAGAUUAUCCUCGCUGGUCUUUGGGAAAGCUGAGCGCGUUGCGAGAGCUAAGUAUACUGUCGAAAAUCAAUCGCCAAUAUUAUUAUCUGGGGUACUAUGUGGAUGAUUGUCCGAAGAUGAGAUACAAACGCAAAUAUGGGGGUGAUAUUCUCGACGUUUGUAAUAACCAGUAUGUUCCCUUGGAUCUUGUGACGCCGCUGGUGGAGAAGGGUAAGUUUUUUGUGCUAGAUCACGAACACCGCAACCGAGAUAACGACGAUGAAUACGACGAGGAAGACGAAGACGAAGACGACUAUCCGGGCGAUACAGACGCUCAAGCAGAGCUGCCGCUCGAUGAUGUGCCGAGAUUGAAUUUGGAAGGACCUCCUGUAAACAUUGUCGACAAGAUCUACGGCGAGCACGGCGGAGCUAUUAUGUCGGCCAAUGAGGCCGCUGAGAAGCUGGCCGAUCUGGGAAUCGAAUAUACGCCGACAUUGUUCGACGAUCUGUAUCGGCACAAGGUGCCUGGCAUUUUCCAAUCACUAUCAGAACCCGAAACUGUUUAUGAGAAAGACGAUGGAGACAUUCCAGGCUACACAAACGAGAUAUAUCACUUACCCAACGUCGUACCAGGUUUGCUGCCACUCUGGCAGAUUUUGCAAAUCAUUCAAUGUGGCAAUAUCACUCGGCUCAACAACAAACUUAUGCUCUACAAUGUUCGCAGUGGUCAAAUACGAGUGGUAUCUGAUUUUGCAGCCGAGACCAAGCGUACCAAGCGUGUCAUUUGCAACGUCAUCCGCAUGAUCGGUCUCAACGCUACCGCCAAGAGCCUCAUCAUUGUGUAG